AAACUGAAGUUUACCUCCGCUUUCCACCAAUCAGCGCUCGGCUGUGGCACGCCUCGACCAAUCGGCGGGCAGGAAGCCCUCGCGCACAUACGUUUGAAGGGCGGUGCUGGACUCAACACAAGGAGAAGUGGAGUGUGGACGAUUAAAAAGUGAAGUUACACGAGCCAACGCGGGACUAAAACAUGACUCCCAAGCCUUAUAACUAUCUCAGAAAAAUAAGCGUUGUAGUUUAAGUUAAAUUGCGUGUUUCGGUUAGUUAUUCUUUAAAGCUAGGAAAAAGUUGUCCGGCUCGUGGUGGUUUAUGCUAACUGGAAGUACUCGACUCGGACGACUGGAAUCAUGGCUUUGAUAGCCACGGAGCAAGGCAGUAAAAUGAGCGUAGCACCGGCAAUUUAUGCCCCGGUUGGGUCCAGGAAAGACGCCUUUCACGGGAAAUCCCAACCCAAAGAUGGAGACUAUUCCACGGACGGACUACCCAAAGCGUUUCUUCACAGUUUGCGGACCCUUUUUGACAUCCUGGACGACGCCGGUCGCGGUUACGUCCAUAUAUCCGAGAUCGAGAGCCGCUGGCAGGGCGCCGACACUCGGGAGCUACCCGGCGGGGUGUUGAGCUGCCUCCGCCGGGUCACCCCUCCGCACGGCUGCCUCACGUUCGAGCGCUUCGUGGCGGGGCUUCGCUACUCGAUGCUUAACCCGGAGAAUCGCUGUCAGCUGAAGGCACAGGCGGCUGUCCCUCCGCAGCCCGCCCCGCGGUCCGCGUGCACCCGGGUGGAGAAAAAGGUCCGCCCGUUGGGGCCGAGCAACGUGACCAACAUUCAGCCGCACCGGGCGUCCUCCCUGAUGAGUCGGCCCAGGCCGGAGGAGGGGGCCGGCCACCCGGUAUGCGGACCGGCCAGGUAUGGUGCGGGCUAUGAGAGACCCGGUCGGAGUCUUGAGCGGAUCCCGGCCCCUCAGGAAGCCGGCGGGUCUUACAGGGUGGAGCCGGGUCACGUCUCAAAGCCACCCCAGCAUCAGCAGAGCCGGGUGAGAUCGAUCGAGUCGCUGGCCCUGGAGUCACCCCAGCUCCAAGCAAGUAUUCCCAAAUCCACUUUGCCCAGAUCCCAAAGCGAGUCUGCGACGGGCUUCAGCGGAGGCUCCAGGCGACACAGCCGCGGUCGGGAGGAGCAGAGGCGCCACACGAUCACCAACGGAGUGGACUACGAAAUGCUGAAGCAAAUGAAGGAGCUGGAGCAGGAGAAGGACUCCUUACUGGCGGGCCUGGAGGUGGUGGAGCGUGCCCGAGACUGGUACCAGGGCCAGAUCCACAAUGUCACCGAGAGGCAGCGGCAGGUCGGGCAGAACUCCCAAUGCACGGACUUUUUCACUGAAGCCAACCAGAGUCGCAUCAACAUUCUUAUUCCCAAACUACAGGAAGUCAACCGGUGCCUCAAUGACCUUAUUUGCUGCACUGGAAUGUCGUCCUUCCCUUCCGGUGGCGGGCAGAUGGGAGCACUCUCCCCGACCUCGCAGCCACCGCUUCCUGCUCCACCACAAGCCAUCCUGAGACUGAAGGACCAGAACAGACUCCUCACACAGGAGGUGACCGAGAAGAGCGAGCGCAUCGCCCAGCUGGAGCAGGAGAAGUCGGCGCUGAUCAAGCAGCUGUUUGAUGCACGUUCCCGCAGCGUCCAGGACACCAGCACCAUGGACUCCACCUUCAUCUGACCUUUACGCAGUAGGUCGGAUUCAUAAGACUGACGCCGUUUGUUUACCCGACUGACCCUUUGUGGCAGCCAUGCACCUUUUUCCAAAACCCCUUGACUGCAACUUGUAACGUCUUCACUCCACAAGCUAAUUGUGCACUCCGAGAGGCAGAAGCACUCCAAGGCACUGGACACCCAACCUCUUCAUUUUCUUGACAGUCGAGCCAUCCCGCCCAGUUUCUAAUAGCCCAUAUUGAUAGUCCAGACUGCAAAUAUACCAGAAACUAUGAUCCCCAAAUACUUAAAAUCCCAUUUCAAACUUGCCUUACGAAAUCAAGUGGAUUAAAGACGGUUUCAUUUUGAACAAAUGCACCAGAAGUGUGCAUAUACACGCACAGGCAGCAAAAAAAAAAAAAAAAAUCUGCAACUUCCACUAACAACCCAGGCUAAACUUAGCUCCUCCCUUAACAUACAAAGCUUCCAUUUUAGUCCAGAUGUAUCAAUUCCACAGACAGUGGUGCCUUGAGAGACAGGUGACCCGCUGUGAGUUUUUGGUGACACAAGCUGCCAUUCUGCCAAAAUUCCUUACUGUCAAAGUAAACAUAAAACAAAGGCAAAUUACACAUUGUGAAUUUAAAACACAAACUAUGUUGCUUGAUGAAUUUCCCCCCGCUUAAUUAAUGUUUUUUUUUUAGAUCAUAUUUAAUGAUCAUGUGCUACUAUCGUACAAUGUUAUAGACGGGGGUCUGGAAUGGAAAAAACACAUUCAUUUCAUUAGGAAGCGAUGAUUUGAGUUACUACUGUGUUCGCGGAAUGGAUUAAACUUUUAUCUCAAGGCACGACAGUACUUAGUGCUUCAGUCCGAUUACUGUUAAAACCACACAUUCUUCCAUGCAAACCGUCACCAACACCUUUUGUUUACAUUUUCUUUUACGUUCGGUCCCUUCCUCUGAAACAGAAAGUUUACCCUUUGUUUCCUUUUCAAUAUUCCCUCUAAGACACAAAUUCUACAUUGACUCUGGUUGGAGUGUUUUGUUUUUUUUUUUUGUUUUUUUUUUUAAACACAAAAGGUUUUUAUAUUGAAGUAGCAUGUGCGAUGUGUUGUUUUUGUGACGUGAUGAUGGAGGUGGCGGGAAGUCAGCCUUCAAGCCGACGUGAGGUCGGUCCAGAGGAGGAAAAAAAAAUGGAAAAUUUGCUCGCUGAGGAAAGCGGAAGAAGGAUUUACUUGUUUGGAAAAUGUUUCAAAACACCCUUUGGCUAUUUCCAUGAUGCAAAAUUGACUGUUUUUGUCCUCUAUGUGACUGCAUGGCCCACCAUAUUGAUCCUCUGAAGAAGUGUAGCUAAACAUGUAGCCCUCCAAUACUUUUACACAGAAACUAUUUAGCGAAUACGUUUGUUUCUGGCAGUAAAACAAUAAUAAUAAGCUGUAAGUGUAUACGAGAAAUGUAUGGUACUUCUGGGAUGUCUGCAGAUAACAUAGUUAUCUAGCGUUGAAUGUUUAGUUGUUUUUUUUUUUUUUGGGGGGGGGUCUGCUUCAAGUACAUAAUGUGAGUGAAACUGCCCCCCUCCUUUUAUCACAAGUACUUCAACUAUGAAUGACAUGUAAAACAAUAAAUACGAGCAACCAGGGUCA